ACGUAUUGCCUGAUAUCAACAAAUACGGACAAUGAGUGAUGCGUUAGAUUAAAAGCAACGGUUAGGAGGUUAUUGUGAAAUAGCAGUGUUAGUUUAAACUUGCAAAAUAGGCUAUAUGUUUACAUGCAAUGCUCCUCCGUCAUGUGCCAUUUCUGCGUGGCUAAUUUUCACUUAGUUAGCUUCCAUGUAGUAUUUGGCUUUUGUGACACAACUGUUCAUAAGCCAGGUCAAAAGAAAGAAGAAAAGGAGUAAGCACGGAGCGAGGAGUAAAGCCAAAAGGUUGUGCGCAGGUUCUAAGUGAUCUAAGUUCAUUAUGCCAUAUCUCUUGCUAAUGGGGCACAAAAGGAUCAGGAAUCAGGGCAGAUACGCACUCUGUGGCUAAGAAGCUCUUAAGCGAUGUACAGUGUAGAGAUGUGAUUCUUCUUGUAAUAGAGAUGUAAACGACCAAGAUCUUGCGUUCUAUCCCUCACAGUCGAGUUACUAUCAUAGGUAUAUAGACCAGAUAACGUUGAUUAAAAAUAUAUAGCCGACACUAUUGUCUCAUCGUCAGUCAAAAUAAAAUGAGAGUAGCUGUGAUUGGUGCUGGCGCUGCUGGAUUGUGUGCUGCAAAGAAUGUCAAAGAUCUUGGGUUCCAAUGUGACGUAUUUGAGAUGAGGGAUACCAUCGGUGGGAUAUGGGUAUUCACCGAACAAGUUGGUAUGGACGCAUAUGGGUAUACAGUGCAUACUCCCAUGUAUAAGGAGUUAAGCACAAAUCUACCAAAGGAAGUAAUGUAUUUUACGGAUUUUCCUUGGAGUGUCCCGUUCCCACAAAAAAACGAAUCUUUUAUUACCCGGGGAGACGUCCUAGAUUAUCUUAAUAAGUAUGCAGAUCAUUUCAACAUAAGGCCUUUAGUAAAGUUGAACUGUUUAGUAAGAAAUAUUUGUCCUGUCGGAGAUACUUGCUGGGAGGUUACUUACUUGUACAAACCAACACAAGAGACGAUCACCGAAUCCUAUAAUGUAGUUAUGGUAUGCAAUGGCCACUACAAUAUACCUGCAUAUCCUGAAAUACUAUUUCAAGAGUUGUUUCAAGGAGAAAAACAGCAUAGCCGGGAUUAUAGACAUAAUGGUUCGUAUAAGGGGAAGAGGGUCCUGAUCAUUGGCUCAGGUCCUUCAGGAGUAGACCUGACGAUACAGAUAAGCCAGGUUGCCGAAUAUGUUAUCCUCAGCAAUCAUUCUGCGACUGUAGCAAAACAAACUUACAGAGAAAACGUGAUAAAGAAACCAGAUGUCUGUCGCAUUGUCGAUCAUGAAACAGUUGAAUUUGCUGACGGAACUACCUGCAAAUGUGACGUCAUCCUAUAUUGUACCGGUUACCAGUAUAGCUUUCCAUUUCUGGAUGAUUCGUGUGGCGUCAAAAUUGAAAAUGCAGCUGUUCAGCCUUUGUACAAGCACAUGGUUCAUAUCCAAAGACCUACAAUGUGCUUUAUUGGUUUACCCUAUUUAGUCGCAGCUUUCUUAAUGUUUGACAUCCAGACAAGGUAUUACUGCAAGUAUCUAGAAGGGUCCUUCAAGCUGCCAAGUACACAAGAUAUGUUAGAGGAUACAGAGGAGGAAAAAAGAUGGCGAAGUGAGAAAGGCAUUCCCUCGAACAGAUUUCAUAUGAUGGGCCUUUUGGAGCAAAAGUAUUACGACAAUUUGGCUGAGGAAGCAUGUAUUGCUCGAGUCCCUUCGGUGGUUGCGAAAAUCAAGUUUGCUACCAAGGACAGACAAACCGAGGAUCUCAAGAACUAUAGAAAAGAUCGUUAUGUUGUCUUGGACGACAAAAAUUUCGUCAUUUACAAGUCAUAUUCAUCGCGUCAACGAGAUUGCUAGCACUAACAACUACCUCAAUCGAAUGCGCCACAAGAACUUCUAAAGUAUAAAAAAUGUUUUUGAGACUAUAAUAAAAUAUUUUUCCACAUUAAUGUA